AUGUCAACCGGGAUUUUAGGCAUUUUGAGAAAUGCUGCGGCAGAGCUUUAUCCGUUGAUAACAAAAGAACUCUCAAAACAGUCUACAAAAAAAUACAAUAGGGAUGAGUGGACGCUAUGUGAACUAGACACAUGGAAGAACACGUCUUUCCCACGACUCUUGAAGGAAAGACACGACAGCGAAAAGAGUUUAUAUAUGACAAAAGACGAAUUGGUUUUACUCAUGGAUUGGAAGUUGGCUAAAGGAAAGUUCCGCCCGUCACUUCCCAAAUUGAUCAAAUCAAAUAGUCCUGAGUCAGUGCUCAACUUUUCGAGAGAGGGAUAUAGUAUUUUUAUGAGCUACAUUGAACUGACUGGAGCCAACGAUUGGACUCAUAUUUCAACAGAAGACUACAAAAUUACCAUCAGAGCUUCGCUUAAAGCGUUGUGUCAGCUCAAGGGGGUAGGGCCUGCCACGGCAAGUUUAAUGCUCUCAUUACUAUGUGAAGUCACGAAGUUUGCUCCUCCAUUCUUUAGCGAUGAGAGUUUCAUGUAUUUCAUUAGAGAUCCACUUCGCCCACUGCAACCAAUCAAAUAUACUGUAAGGGAAUACGUUGAAGAGUUUGUCCCAGUUUUGGCCAAAAUGUCUGCCCAAGACAGGCUUUCGUCUCCGGCAAUCUUGGAGAAAGGAUCAUGGUCCCUAAAAAUGUACCACCUUUACAGAAUUGAUCGUUUGACUGAUUUGGAGCUUCCAUUUGAGAUCAGUGAUGAGUCUGCGGAAGCGUUUAAAGACAUUUCCAAGUACAUUUCCGGAAAUAUACCCGAAAAACGCACAACAACUAGAGAAGGCAUAUCUGGGGGUAAAAAGAGAAAGACACUGGGGUCAUAA